GGGUAGUAUGAAAUAUAUGUAUAUGAGAUCGGUCAUGUGAAUAUAAUAAAUCAGUGCAUGCCUAACGCUCGUGUUUGAUUGACACACUUCACAUGGCGCAGUCGUUAAAUAAAAAUAAAACGUGGAAAAGUGGUUGAAGUUUAGACAUGGAUAGUGUAUUAUCACCGCCGUCUUCGUUUUGCUUCGAUAAGAAUGCAUCGGACGCCUGGAGCCUCAAUGAGAGGUGGACAAAAUGGAAGCGAAGUUAUGAAAUAUACAGUAAAGCGUGCGAAUUAACCAAGAAGUCAGUAGAAAUUCAAGUGAAUAUUCUGUUGCAUGUGGUGGGUGAACAGUGUCGAGAUAUUUUGGAUCGUUUGCCGGACAAAUGUACGACUGUUGAACAAGUUUGGAAAACGUUAGAUGAGCAAUUUCAUACAAAAAGGAAUGUUACGGUCGAGCGUCACAAGUUUUUUAUGCGUCAUCAACAAGACAAUGAAUCCAUUGAACAGUACGUUUUUGAGCUAAGAAAGUUAGCUCAAACGUGUGAAUUUCGUGAUUUACAUGAUGAACUUAUCAAGGAUCGAUUGGUAUGUGGCAUUUCUAGUUCGGCAAUUCGUGAACGCUUGCUAAGAGAAGAUGAUUUGUCGUUAAAAAAGGCUAUGGAUAUUUGUCGUGCAGCUAUCGCAUCUCGAACGAACUCGGAAAAAAUCAAACCUGAAAGAGAAGAGACACAAUUGUAUAACGUUCAUCAAGUUAAUCGAUCGCAGAAAGAGGUUUCGUUUGUGAAGUCGAAGAUGACGUCAUCAAGAGGGCGAGCUCGGAGCGCGGGACGCGAUGUGGCGGCGGCGGAGCCGGAGAGCGUGCGGCGCGCCGCGCGCUGGCGGGCCGGACGGGCGCCGCCGGAGGCGCGCACACCGCAUGCGCUUGCGCCGCGGCCGCGCGGGCGUCUCCUAGCGGCGAGCGACUUCAACGUGAACCAGGGGCGUGCGGUCCCGGGUUCGAAUAAAAUGUGUAAAUAUUGUGGAAUUGUGCAUAAAAAGUUUGAGUGCCCGGCAUAUGGUCAAAGGUGUGUGCGAUGUUCAGGGAUGAACCAUUUUGCACGCGUUUGUGGCGUACAUUAUAUCGAGGAAUCUGACGAACAGGACAGUGAGGCCUCCGGAUAGAUGGGGGUUCACGUAGCGUCAGGCGCGGCUAAGCAGAAUAGAAAUGAACUCAGAAAUGUAUGUAGGUAGCAGAAACAUAAUAGAAAAUUGUUAUAACUUGAUUUUAAAAUUUGUGUAUAGCGUAAUUGUAUGAUCUUUUUAC